CUUCAAGUUAAUUUUUAAUUGAAAAUGAAAAGAAAUACCAACAUAGUAUAUUUUAAAAUAAAUAAAUAAUAAUGAAAAAUGAAUUAAAUUACUAAGCAGUUAGGAGUUAUGAUUUCUACGUAUGAUGAAAAAGCUAGGGGUGGUAAUAAAACAGACAUCUUGUUAUAGGAACACUUAUUGAAGAAUAACGUUAAUGACGAUACUCCAUAGUGGAGGUGAAAUCCUCUUCCAAGGUGCUGUUGAACUUACAAAGUGUAUGAGAUAUAAGUAAAAGUAAAGAUUUAAAUUCGAGCUGAUAAUCGGGACAGAUUAAAAUAUAUUUGGUUAUAGUCCAAGGCAAUAACUUGUCAGGAGUAGACAUUGUGAUAUUGUUAACAAGAGUCGAAAUUCUUACCACAGCGAGCACACCGAUUCCUUUUCCUCAUAUUGGUAUAAUUUUCGAAUAAUGAUGGACUGGGAAGAUGCUGAUGAAGAAGGCCCCGAGUGGUCCAAUGAUAAAGAUCGAAGAAAGAACUUCGUCGGUAAAGUUUUCUUCCUUACCGGAGCCAUGCUGAUGGUCUCAGCAGCUAUUAUAGCACUUCCUUUGGUAAGUGAUGAAAUUGAAGAAGCUUUUUCUUACAAUAAACUGGUCAUUGGCAUUGUGGCUUUAGUUGGUAGUUCCAUAUCGUUGCUGGCAUUGGUAUGUUGCCACAGGGCAAGACACAUUUUCCCAUUAAAUAUGAUUCUUCUAAUAAUUUUGUGUAUAUCUUAUGGACUCAUCGGUGCAGUAGUGGCCUGCCACUACAAACUGAUGGUCAUCUUGAUAUCCUUCGGAACGGUAGUCCUCAUCGUCAUUGUGAUAGGCAUAUUUGCCAAAUGGGGACCUGUAGAUGUUACAGGUUGCGGAUGGUUCAUGUGCGGGCUGAGUAUUGGCCUAACGGUCGUUCUCACUGUUUUCGUGAUAGUGAGCAUAUUUUACUACAUCCCGAUACUACAACUGGUUAUUUCAUGCCUGGUGGUACUUGUAUAUAUUAUAUUCUUACUGUACGAUAUGCAAAUGAUCAUCGGUGGACGAAGAGAGCAGCUCGAUUCUGACGAAUACAUACUAGGAGCUGUAUUAUUGUUCAAAGACGUAAUGAUACUUUUUUUGUAUCUGUUAGAGAUUGUUAAUGCCGCUACAAGAGGUUAGCGUAUAAGCAACUUUAUGAGCGGAGAUUUUUCUAUUCUGACUGCCACUACGUAUAAUGUACUAAUAUAAAUGAGAAGAUGAAAAUGUUUGUUAAAUAAAAUAAAUGCUGAAAUA